AUGCCUGCCGAGACACUCUCUCAGCAGCCAAACGGCGCCGUCGCCAACGGCGAUCUGAACCCGCUCGCUAACGGCGCCGUCAAAAAAGCGAGGGAGAUCGAACGACGCCGUCGGAGGAGAAAGCAGAAGAAGAACCGCAAAGCUUCUCAAUCCACCACCGCCAGCGACGUUAGCGACGGCGAAGAUGUGAAGGAGAACAACGAUCCUCAACAGGUUGUUGAGCAAGUUGAAAUCGAGUAUGUUCCAGAGAAAGCUGAGCUAAAUGAAGCCAUGGAUGAGGAGUUCAGGAAAAUUUUUGAAAAAUUCACAUUCAAGAAUGCUGCGGGUGUUGAGGAGGAAAAGAAAGAUGAGUCUCAAGAAGGAGCCUCAAAGAAGAAGGCUGAUUCAGAUUCUGAAGAGGAGGAACAGGAUAAUGAACAAAAAGAGAAAGGCGUUUCAAACAAGAAGAAAAAGCUUCAACGGCGAAUGAAGAUUGCAGAAUUGAAACAGAUCUGUGCAAGGCCUGAUGUUGUUGAGGUGUGGGAUGCAACUGCAGCUGAUCCUAAAUUGCUGGUCUUUUUGAAAUCGUACCGGAAUACUGUACCGGUGCCAAGGCAUUGGUGCCAGAAAAGGAAAUUUUUACAGGGUAAACGUGGUAUUGAGAAGCAACCGUUCCAGCUUCCUGAUUUCAUUGCUGCAACUGGAAUUGAGAAAAUUAGACAGGCAUACAUUGAAAAAGAAGAUAGUAAGAAGUUGAAGCAAAAACAACGAGAACGUAUGCAGCCAAAGAUGGGCAAAAUGGAUAUUGAUUAUCAGGUUCUUCAUGAUGCUUUCUUCAAGUACCAAACUAAGCCAAAGCUCACAACACUUGGUGAUCUGUACCAUGAAGGGAAAGAGUUUGAGGUAAAAUUAAGAGAGAUGAAGCCAGGCAUGCUGUCACAUGAACUGAAAGAAGCUCUGGGUAUGCCAGAUGGUGCUCCUCCCCCAUGGCUCAUUAAUAUGCAGAGAUAUGGUCCUCCUCCAUCAUAUCCACAUUUGAAAAUCCCUGGCCUGAAUGCUCCAAUCCCCGCUGGAGCUAGCUUUGGUUAUCAUCCAGGUGGCUGGGGAAAGCCUCCUGUUGAUGAAUAUGGCCAACCGUUGUAUGGAGACGUUUUUGGUGUUCAGCAGCAAGAUCAGCCUAAUUUUGAGGAAGAGCCAGUUGAUAAGACAAAGCAUUGGGGUGAUUUGGAGGAAGAGGAAGAGGAAGAAGAGGACGACGAAGAGGAAGAACUGAUGGAGGACGAAGAUUUAGAGGAUGGUAUUGAAUCUGUAGAUAGCAUUUCAAGUACUCCCACUGGCGUUGAGACACCUGAUGUCAUGGACCUUCGCAAGCAGCAGAGAAAGGAACCUGAAAGGCCUUUAUACCAAGUACUUGAAGAGAAAGAAGAAAGGGUUGCCUCAGGGACAUUGCUUGGAACGACUCACACCUAUGUUGUUGGUAGUGGCACGCAAGACAAAGCAGGAGCUAAAAGGGUGGAUCUACUCAGAGGUCAGAAAGCAGAUAAAGUGGAUGUCACUCUACAACCUGAAGAAUUGGAAGCUAUGGAGAAUGUCUUGCCUGAAAAGUAUGAACAAGCAAGGGAGGAGGAGAAGCUGCGGAGUCAGCGAGAGGAUUUCAGUGAUAUGGUUGCGGAGAAUGAGAAGAAGAGGAAACGUAAGAUGCAGGACAAGGAAGGGAAAUCCAACAAAAAGAAAGAUUUCAAGUUUUAGGGUGUGUUUGCGUAUAAUUGUUUUUGCAAGACAUGAGAGAUGUGAGUUCUAUCAAGUUUUGGAAGGAGCUGAGCGAGAUGUUGAGAUUUAAAGAGCCGUUUGAAUCCUAGUUGUAUUGGAUAGUAUUGAAAAUGAGAUAUUAACCUUUUGUGUAUGAUCUUCAAUAUAUGAUUAUUCACUUUUAUGCACUUCUCAUGUA